AGCCCUUCAAACCCUGCACAGGAAGAGAAUAAGGGUCAGGAGGACGACGUUUCGGGAUCAUUUUCGUUAAUUUUUGACAUGUCCAAGGCAAAUGUGGACUACGGUUUAGUGAUGUGUGGUUAGCUCGAUGUUUUGCCCAGUUCCCAGCUUCGUUUUCUCGUGAGACAUUUCACACGGUAUGAUGGAAAAAAUAACGUAACAGCUGGGCGUGUUUACGUCGGAUAACUACAGUACAGCUCUGAUGUAGCUGUGUUCAUCUGGACUACAGCGGCUUCACAGGUGAAAUAAGAGACAGCCAUCACUUCAACAUCACAGUCAGCCUCAGCCAGUUCUCUUACCCAUCAUACAAGUAGCUGCUCAAUGCCUAAUACAUCAGAAGGUCAAGGAGCAAACCUAUCUGGGCCAGCAGAACCGUCAGGGCUGCAAAGGACCACUGAUGGGGAGGAGGAACACAGUCUGAUCAGCUCCCUCGCCCGGGACGCUGCCAGAGUAAGGAGGGCUUCGAGCGCUGAGCUCCACCUGCCUUGGACCUGCCCGGUCACACACUCCCGAGAGAAGUUCUACACAGUCUGCUCUGAUUAUGCUCUGCUCAACCAGGCUGCCUCGGUGUACUGUCCCCCAAACACAGCCAGGGACAUGGUCCAGAACAAGCAGGAUGAAGGGGCCUCGCUGGUGAAACCCAAACCCUCAGGUGACUUCAGCGCUGGUCAGACUGGAGGGGCCCAUGUGGGAUCAGACGGGGACUGUGAUAUGGAAGAAGUGCCCUGUGGAAACACAAAGCCUAUUUUGGCCUGGGAGAUUGAUACAGCAGACUUUGAUGCUGUGCUAACUAGAAAAACAAGAACAAGCAAUGUGAAGAAAUGCAGCACCAAGAAGAUGAAGUCAUCAGACAGACCCAGCCGAAACCUGCAAGAUGUCCCCCCUCAUGCCUCACUGGAGGAGAUCAAACAGAGAAAAGUGUUCGACCUCAGAAGAUGGUAUUGCAUCAGCCGGCCUCAGUACAAGACUUCAUGUGGAAUCUCUUCUUUGGUGUCCUGCUGGAACUUCCUAUACAGCACUCUGGGUGCAGGAAGCCUUCCUCCCAUCUCUCAGGAGGAGGCUCUGCAUAUUCUGGGGUUUCAGCCACCUUUUGAAGAAAUCAAGUUUGGUCCUUUCACUGGGAACGCUACUCUAAUGCGGUGGUUCAGACAAAUCAAUGACAAUUUCCGAGUGCGAGGUUGCUCCUACAUUUUGUACAAACCACAUGGGAAACACAAGACCGCAGGAGAAACAGCUGAAGGAGCGUUGAUGAAACUGACACAAGGGCUGAAGGAUGAGUCUAUGGCCUAUAUUUACCACUGCCAGAACCACUACUUCUGCCCAGUGGGCUUUGAAGCCACGCCACUCAAAGCAGCAAAGGCUUAUAGGGGCCCUCUUCCCACAAAUGAAAUGGAGCACUGGAUCCUAAUUGGUGAACCUAGUAGGAAACACCCAGCUAUUCACUGUAAAAAAUGGCAGGACAUCGUGACUGACCUCAACACACAAAAUCCAGAGUACCUGGACAUUCGUCACACAGAGAGGGGGAUUCAGCGCCGCAAAACCAAAAAGGUCGGUGGCAACCUGCACUGCAUCAUGGCCUUCCAGAGGGUGAACUGGCAGAAGCUUGGUCCUUGGGCUCUGAAUUUGGAGAACCUGCGCCACGACUUCCACCACUCCAGCACAGAGCGGGCCCACGGACGCAGCUCAGACGACACAGAGGAGAGGACGUCCACCAAGCGCCUGGCCCACCUGGGACGCUCACACAGUAUGGGAAGUCAGAAAGACACCAGCUGGAAACGGCUGUCCAACACUACAGAGUACAGACAGAAGAGCUCCCCUGACAGCGAUCUCGAAGAGGACAUCACAGACUGAAAAGGUUUAUUAGGCCACACAUGGGGAGGACAAAAUUACAAACAUUAUAACACAGUAUAGUAGCCUUAAGAUACAUUUAAAGAAAAGGUCUGGGGUUACUCUAUAUUUUACUGUCAACAAAAGACCAAAACAAACGAUGUGUUAGCUCAUCUGUCUGUACUUUCUGACCUCUUAAAUCCAAGCCCAUUGGUUCCUAAUAAAUAUAUAGGUCUUUAAAUAUACAUCACACAUAUAUAGUUUCAUGUUUUAAAAGGGCAAAAUAAUGUCCUAACACAGCUGGGCACUGUAGUUAUUAGCACCAACAUUUUAAGGAGAGUAAAUUGUGAAUUUGUUGGGGACUAUUUUCAGUGGAUGAUUAAUACACAGUGCUCUAAUAUUUCUUGAAGCAUGAUGGUAUUUGUGGGAUUAUUUCAAAAUAAACUACGGUGUCCAUGUUCAUUAUAAUGAAGGAACAUGUCACCCAGUGCAACAGUGUGGCUCACUGAUGUUUUUUCAACAUAUCUGGCCAAUAAUAGAGCUCUGUGGCCCAGAGUCACAUACACGCACAGUACUUGUUAGUAGGACACAUACAUUGUUGGUUGUGGUCUUUUCAUGGGAUUUGUUAAUAAGAAGAAAAUUAUAGAAUAUCACCAGACUUUUCCUUUAAUAUUGGUGAAUUAGUGCCAGAUUUAGAUUCAACUCAACAGGCAUUUUGAGACCAUAACAUAGUUUGCAGAGCUUUUAAUCAAGUAUUCUGUUGAAUAUGGUGUUGGUUUCUACUGUUCCUAUUCGUCCUCAUGAUUUUAAAUGAUACAUUUAUGUCAUUUAGCAAUGUCUAGACUGCAACUGAUGAGCCAGCAACUGCUAUAAAUCACAAUUACACAGGCAGCUACACAAGAGAGCCACAUCAAAUUGAUUAUUAAUUAACAGUGUGUGACAGUUUUAUUCGUGAUCUGAAUGUCUUUGUAAGUCAACUUUAGAGGCAGCAUAUGGCACACUGCAGGCACACAGGAUGGAUAGCUGCUGUCUUGAUUGCUUGAGCAUCGGUUUCAAACAGGAAAUUCUUAAAAUCAUGAUGGCAAACUGCAAACAGAGGAAAGCUUCAGUGACAGCAGUCUUAAUACAACAUUUUCUGAGCAAAACAUCAAACUAUGGCUUCAAAAAUGAACAUUGAGUUAAAUCAGCGUUUCUUACAGUUUUAAAAACUGAAUGGCAACAUGAGCUUCAAAUGGUUGCCCCAUUGUAAGGUGUUUCUUUUAUUUUGUCCACCCAUGUAUUUAAACCAAAAGUGGGAGAUGAGGUGUUUUCAUGUUACCGUCACACUACAGGAUUGUUUUCAUUUCAUCCAAAUAUUAAUCACAAACACAUUUCUCUGAAUUGAAUUAUGUUUAAAUCACACCAUCUUUAAUUCACUGCACUGAUCCUGUAAGAGUGUACAUUAUAUUCAACUAGCGCUGUCUAGGAAACACACGACAAUGACACCUUUGCUGUAAAUUCUGUUCAAUGAUGAUACACCUCCAUAUUUCACUGUACAUGUAGAAUAAGUGGACUUGUUUUGCGCCUGAUGUACAGUGGUUAGUUCAGUGGAAAUGCUGUCCAGUCAAAGUGUUGUGAAAGCAGCUGACAUUUUGUUGUGCUUUGUGAAACCUACAGUAAGACUGUUGUGUAGAUGAUCCCAGUUUUUAAAAGACAGGAACUGUACAGAAGUGAUAGUGGAAUCCCUCAUUCACUCAGAAACAAAAUGUGAACCACAGAAAGUCAAGACUGCAUGGUUUAUCUUCAUGUUUAUGUACAGACAUAAUUUGUUCUUACACUUUUCUUUGCACCUUUGUGGUGUCAUCUGUCUUUGACCCAACACAGAUGUCAUUGUGUACUCAUGUGAAUUUGAUGUAGUGGUUUAUUUAUUUAUUUUACAAUAAAUUAAGAUUUUUAUAAA